GCCCUUUCCAGCCCUGGUCAGCGGAUUGUUAUCCAAAAGGCUCCUUCGGUGGGAAUUCGGCUCGCAAGUGUGCAUACCGGUCGUGCAAGGCAUGCCACCACCGUUUCUUACAUCCUCGUGUUUGCGGCGACGCGCAGCUCUGUCAGCUUAUAAACUCACUAUGCUCGCGGGUUGCAACCAUCAGAUUGCCUCUCACCGAUCGCAACCGCAUUUACCCUACUCGUGUCUCGGUAAUCAGCUAUGAGCGGCGACGACGUGUACCAAGAAAAGUCCAAACUCUGGGGAGAACUGGCUUCUCAGCAGCAUUCACUCUUUGACGAUAUACUGAAGAGGAACCGUGAGCUUGACGAGCAAGUGAAGGAAUUAAAGCGUGAUGCAAAUGCCUGGAAGAUUGCGUAUACGACUACAACCCAGCAAAUGGAAAAGUUGCAAAAAGACUCUGAAACCCUCUCUCGAUCGCUAGCGGAGAUGAAAGAUCGUGACUCGAUUGCGCUGGCGCUAAUUGAUGGUGAUGGAUGCAUUUUCACCUCGCAGUACUGGAAACAAGGAAAGGAGGGCGGGCGACUGGCAGCAGCUGUGCUCCACCAGACGUUGUCCGCAGAAGCUGGUCGUUUACCGUACCUCCACACCGUGAUUUACUUCAAUAGGAAAGGUCUUGCGGAUACGCUUUGUGCUAAUGGCGUGUGCUCAAGGGCCGAGUUUGAGGACUUUGUGAUUGGGUUCAAUCAAUCUGCCCACUUGUUCACAAUGGUUGACGUGGGCCAACGUAAAGAAGCUGCGGACGCGAAGAUCAGAGAGAUGCUUAGAUUGUUUGCGCAUCUUCCGCAAACCAAGCUGAUUCUUUUUGGUGGUGGCCACGAUAAUGGCUACGCCACGGACCUUUCAGCCCUGCGGACGGAACGCCUUCUGGAUAAAGUGGUAUUAUUGAAGGGUUAUACCCAACUAGCGCGAGAAGUAGAAUCACUUGAAGUCCCCACCAAGACAGUGGAAGGACUAUUCUUUGAACACAAGUUGCCGUACAGUGGAGCGUGGAAGAAGGAAUACCCUGGCCAAGAUGUGGAGCGAGCAACAUCGCCUACGCCCUCAAUGCCAUUCGGUGGGACGUGGAAGAAGGAGUUUCUCAGCCAUGUUCCGGACCGAGCGUCUUCGCCAACCCCGCCACCCGUGUCUAACCUACAAACCAAAAGUGACAACAUCUAUAUCAUGCCCGCCAAUGCUGAUCCUCGUCGGGGACGACCUAUUGAUUUCACGAAGCCUUUGAUGUAUCAGACCGUCAAAUUGUGCAAGGCAUACUACUUGGUUUCCAGUGGUUGUCAAUAUGGCGCGAGAUGUAAAUUUGCUCAUGAUUAUGAACUGAACACGUCCCUUGUCGCAAAGUUCAGGAAUGAAGUAGCGUCCAUUACGUGCGCUGACUUCAGGAAUGGCGGCUGCAAUUCUAAAGAUUGCAUUUACGGUCAUGAACGGUUCGCCUUAGACAACAGUGACGUUGCGGACGGAUAUCGAAGGAAUAGUACCAGUUUGCCACCAGAAGAACUUCCGCUGUCGGGGCGCCUCACUCCACCUGAAGGCAUCCCGAUUGGCCCGUCGAUUGGCCUAGCGCACCGUGAAAGGAGUUCGUCUGUUGCAGGGAUUGGCGGUGGAACCCCUGUUAUUGAUUCUCAUUCUCCUCCAACCGUGGAAGAUAUAGAGCGGUCCGACUCACCAGAGGCACCCUCCGACGUCGGAUCUGCGACCGGGACUACGAAGUCCUUGGUCUUUUCCCCUUUGCUCAAGGCGUUGAAUGACCUCAAGAGUUCGGGAUCGGUGGCGCCCUUCUGUUCCAAUGUGGGGGAAAAGCUAAGCAAGAUGGCACCAGAUGUAUACAGGAGUGCUGGCGUUGGGUCGUUCAAGGAGUACGCGCAGUGGGCUGAACGGGAAGGCUUGGUGUGUUUGAUACCAGUUGGUCCUGGAGUUGAUAGGAUUUCCUUGGCGUCUGGGACUUCGUUCGUAUAGCUUGUUGUUGUGAUGCUGAGGGUUUAACCCGCCUUCAUUACUCGUGGGAUAGCUCGGGCCUACUGUGGUAGUCUAAUGACUCCUAAGAACCUUUGCACUCAAAUAAGAUCAGCCCUAUUGUUCAAACUCAAUUGAGGUGCUUCGG